AAAUAUAAUGAAAAAUUAAGAAACUUACUUUAGGAAUAGGCUAGCAAAUUAUUAAAGCAAAUGUACCAUCACCUCUUCUCUGGCCUACUUGAACCCAUGGUUAAUGUCUCUGAUUCAAACACCAACCAGUUUAGGAUUCCGGUUAUGUCUUACGAGUGGCAACCACCCCAAUUUGAUCACCAACAGCCACCACAGCAUAUCAUACAAAGUGGUGUACGCAUUACAUUCAACAUCACCCCUCAGGGGCAGUGCGAAUCCUGGUUCUUAACUCAAGCUUACAACUUGCUUGUGCAGCAGUCCACUAGGAGUGAUGCUCCUACUGCAAUCCUAUCUAGCCACCCUCAGACUCCUCCCAAUCCUUCAAUGGUUCCUCGUCCAGCAGCUUACAACCCUGUGAGAAAUGCUCCAAUUGUGAAGCAAACGUUUGAAGUUAAUUGUGUGGUAAUCUGUUCUUAAUUCAGGAUUAUUGUGACACAGAAUGCUAAUUUCUUCAAAAAAAUCUUAGUGGAGGCAUGUUUACCUUUGUACAUUUAUAUAAUGGAAAAAAGGUUUUUCAUAGGCAAUAUUUCAAAGGCGGCUUAAUUUUGAUGAGAGAAGAAAAAUGCCAAUCUACUUAUGUUGUUAAAUCAUAGUCUAAAUUUUUAGUUUUUAAUGGAUCAAUCAAUGAAGUGUUACAAUGUAAGACUUAGUUCUACUACGAUCAACAUCACUUUUGGUGUCCAAAACAAACCAUUUGCCCAGAAAUUAAGCUGGCUUAACAAUUAGGUUUUUAUAGGGGCACGUUAGGGGAAAAAAAUUCACUUCUUUGGCAGCAUCUCUGGGUGAUAUUGUCAGCAACCUAACCUUUCAAUGAUGUUCUUUUUGGUAAAGAUUUCAUGGUACCUUUCAACUUUUAGUUGGGACUAUUAUCUAUAAUUUGCUAUCAGUGUUUUGCAGUGAACUUAUUACUUUUUCAGUGCAUCUUUCUUUUAGUGAGGCUAUUGUAGAUCCGCUGUUUGAAGGUCUAAACAAAGCAGUAGCAAUAUUGGGAAAAGUGCUAUUCUUUGUUAAGCACAAGAAUGCCACUCCUCUAAACUUUUUGGUGUGUGAUUCAAAUCAAAACUGUCUUGUUCUAUCAGUAUAUGGCAUGGAAGAUGAUGCAGUAAGAGUUCUGCUCUAAGUGCUUGUUGCUUCUUUUCUUUCUCCUUUCCUUUUUGCCCCAAUUUCAACCCCCUCUCUCUCACUCUAUAUAACUGCUAAUGUCUUAUUUGCUAAUUUCACCUUUCACUAAUUCUUAAUUCUCCUAACAUUAAGUCUCAAUGGUCAAUUCCUGUUAAUACUUGAAUAAGAAGUUCUAAGCAUGGCAAUAAAUUGUUCUUUGUUUCAAAGGGCUAUCCUAAUGUAGUAGAAGCCUCCAUGCUGAAGUUCUGAGAUCAAGAAAACUGUAAAUUAAUUGGACCCAAGAAUAAAUUUAGGAAUCAGUGGAUUGUAGCUAUCUAUAAUUAUUCAAAUCUUGCAUUAUCAUGAUUAAACCUUUUCCUCUCAGAUUAAUGUAGGCAAUUGGCUAAAGCUUUUGGAUCCCUAUUACCACUAGGUUGACUUUUCCUGGAAGAGGAAGUUACUACAAGGAAAAGAAAACAGAAGGAAAAUAACAAAAGCAGAACCUUCUAUCAAAAUCGACAACCAGAUGCCUAGCGGGUCCUGCAAGAAGUGGCCAUAUUGAUAACAGUGUUGCUAAAUACUUUUUUUAAUGAUGUGAUUGUUCUUGCCAGAACAAUGAAGGCUUACAUAAAAGCUCCAACCGUUAGAUCUGGAAGUGUAGACAAUUAAGCAAAAGACCAAAUUGCAAUAGAAGUAACAUUUCACA